CCUCAACAGCAUUUCGACAUACAUGCGCACAGCUUGCGCAGCCAGAUUUUCACCAGCAUAUAUCCGCUACUUGCUCCAAGUAGCUUUUACGCAAUGUCAACCCUCAAAGGACCCGGCAAGCCUAAAGCAUACGAUGGCUCUGGACUACGAAUCGGCAUCGUUCACGCCCGAUGGAACUCCACUAUGAUCGAUGCGCUACUCGCGGGGGCAAUGAAGGCACUUACUGACGCAGGCGUGAAGGAGGAGAACAUUGUGACCCAGAGCGUUCCAGGAAGCUACGAGCUGCCAUAUGCUGUUAAGCAAAUGUAUUCAGCCUCGCAAGUCCAGUCCUCGUCAAGCGGCGUCGUAGGCGCGGCAGCAGACCUCCUCGGGUCUGCCACGGACCUCACCCAACUCUCCAUGUCGACACCGCCUGCGCAAGAACCGUCCAGCCUCCAAACCCCGUUCGACGCAAUCAUCGCAAUUGGCGUGCUCAUCAAGGGAGAGACGAUGCAUUUUGAGUACAUCGCAGACGCUGUGAGCCACGGCCUGAUGCGCGUACAACUAGACGGAAAUGUGCCCGUCGUCUUCGGACUGCUUACGUUGCUGAACGAAGAGCAGGGCCUCCAGAGAGCGGGUAUCGCAGGUGCGGGGAAGAAUGAGGGGCAUAACCAUGGGGCUGAUUGGGGGAGCGCAGCGGUGGAGCUAGGCGUAAAGAGGAAGGGGUGGGUGAACGGGAAGAUGCUGGACUGAGACAAAUGUUUAGAGGGAAAGACGAGGAAUCUAAUCAAAGAGGAGCGAUGAACACACUUCCAAAUCGAACGGCUCGGGCAGGUUGGCGAGGUAGCUCAGCGGUAGGUGGGGGAUUUGUCGUUCCACCACGACGCAAGGCUUCUAAGUACGGUAAUCGUUCGACGAUUGAGCCCGAAUAUACCC